CGAAGCGCCGAGAGUUUUCAUCAGUCCCGGAGCUGAGAGACAGUCAGAACCUCGUGAACUCCUCCGAGGCCGGAUGGUCAAAUCCAACCUCCAGCGGAUACUCAACAGUCAUUGUUUCGCCCGUGAAAAAGAAGGAAAACCUCAGUGUCAAACCACAAUGGAUGCUUUAAAUUGUAAUAAUAUUUCUGACAUGAUUAGCAAUCUGUCUCUGAGCUGUAGUAGUACUCCUGGUCCCGGGCCUCUGUGGUGUUCCGAUGCCCCUCUCCCACCCCUGAAGAUCCCAGGUGGGCGAGGGAAUGGCACACGGGAUCACUCUCCCUCAGCUCGGCCACUCUACACGGACAGGAAGUUAAGUGUGAUCGAACGUCCUGCUGGUGGUGGUCGCCCGGCGACGCUGCACUUCCUGAGUCAGCCCACUGUCUCUCGUGUGAUUAGCUGGGAGGCGGUUGUCCGUGGCGAAGCGCUUUACAUCGAGAUUCCUCACGAGCCACUUCCAGAGGGCAGCAAAGAGAGCUUUGCAUCUCUGCUGGAGUUUGCUGAAGAACAUUUGAAGGUCACCAGUGUGUUUGUUUGCUUUUACAAGAACAGAGACGAUCGUGCCAAGUUGGUGCGUACGUUUAGUUUCCUGGGCUUUGAGGUUGUGAGUCCAGGCCGUUCCCCUGUCCCGCCUCGACCUGACGUCUUCUUUAUGGCCUACAACUUCGAUAAAGACUCAUCGGAUGAAGAUUAGACUUAAACCCAUUACAUCUCCUAAUUUGUUUCCCCCUGCUCUUCACUUUUACACACCUUUGCUUUUGUUAUUGUAAUAGAGCGAAUUUAUUGAUGUAAUGCAGGCUGACAUUAUUUCUUUUUCUCUAUCAUUCCUCCAUCUUGAGCCUUUUUAGCUUUGGUCUAUAUUAUAAUCCUGUUGUAUAAGAGAAAAUCAUUAGUAUGUUGUAAUUCUCACAGCUAUAAAAUCUCUUGCUUUAUUUUGAAUGUACAUCAAAAAGGUCAUCCAGUUUACACUUUAUUAUAGGUACUGUUUAACGCUGCAUUUCGAUUGGCUUCAAGGUUUAAAGUUAAUAAAAAAAUAUAUUGGAAAAUUUUGGGAAAAAUAACGUUAAGAUUUGUUCGUUCUGAUGCUUGGUGAUUCAUAGCUAAGAUGAACUAGGACAUGAAAUUUGCAGGGCAUAAAGGUGUAAGUGCUGAAGCAUCUACCAAUCAAGUGACAAUCUUGUUGGGUGAAAAUUGGUACGAUGCCAAAGUGAUUUUACUGCCUGCUCUUUGACUGUGUUUUUGUGCAUCAUAUAACUUGCAUAAUGAUAAAAUUCUCCACUCUUGUCAUGGUUUGGCUCAUUGGUGUUCCCAGCUUAAGUGUUGUGCUUAUGUGAGAAAUAAAGUAGAUUUAAAAAAAUAAAA